AAAUUGGCAGUACUUAAACUCAAUGGUGGACUUGGAACAACAAUGGGUUGUAUCGGUCCUAAAAGUGCUAUUGAAGUUAAUUCAGGAAUAUUGGAUCAAUUAAUUGCAGAAGGAAAAGAGUACAUUUUUGUUUCCGAUGUUGACAAUUUGGGAACAGUGGCGGAUUUGAAAAUUCUUCAAUAUCUUGUAGAUUCAGAAGUCGAAUUUUUAAUGGAAGUCACAGACAAAACAAAAGCUGAUAUCAAAGGUGGUACACUGAUAGAUUAUGAGGGCAAAGUUAGAUUGUUGGAGAUAGCACAAGUACCAGCUAAACACAUGGAAGAAUUUAAAUCCAUCAAGAAAUUCAGAAUUUUCAAUACAAAUAAUCUAUGGAUUAAUUUGAAAGCAAUCAAGUGGAUCACCAAGGAAAAAGGAUUGGGUUUGGAGGUUAUUAGGAACAAGAAAACUCUGGAUUCCAGUGAAAAGGUCAUACAAUUGAAAACAGCUCUUGCAAUGAAUCCGAAAUGUUUGUUCCAAACUGUUCCAUUGGUGAAAUUAGGUGAUGGAUUCAAAGAGGUGUUGAAUUUUUUAGCACAAUUUCAAUCACCACCACACAUCCUUGAACUUGAUCAUUUAACAGUAACAGGCGAUGUUACAUUUGGAUCCAAUGUAGAACUUAAAGGAACUGUAUUAUCUUUGCUAAUCGUGGUACAUGUAUUGAUAUUCCAUCUAAUGCUGUAUUAG